UUUCCAGCUAAAAGUAUAAGCCAUAUUCUUAUAAUGGUAUCUUUUCUGUCAAGCAAAAUGUUAGUUGCCAGUAGCUCACUAAGAGCAUCUAUUAUGAUGCGGCCCAUCAUUUCCAAUAGAUUUGUGCUUGGCAAUGCAGUCAAGUUCAUGUCAUCAGCACCCAAGCGGGAAUACCUGCUGUUGGACUACAGAGGCGCCAACAACUGUGUGGCCGUGAUCACCCUCAAUCGCCCCAAAGCUCUCAAUGCUCUCAGCGACCCGCUCAUGCAGGAGCUGAACUGCACCAUUGCUGAGGCAGAGGCUCAGCCCAAUGUUGCUGCCAUUGUCAUCACUGGCAGUGAAAAGGCAUUUGCUGCUGGAGCUGACAUCAAACAGAUGCAAACCAGAAACUUCGUUCAGGUUUAUAAGGAUAACUUCCUGAGCGGGUGGGACAGGGUGAGCUCAAGCCCGCGCGUUGUCAUUGCUGCCGUCAACGGCUACGCUCUUGGUGGAGGUUGUGAGCUUGCAAUGAUGGCUGACAUCAUCCUGGCUGGAGAGAAAGCCAAAUUCGGGCAACCGGAAAUCAACCUGGGCACAAUUCCUGGAGCUGGCGGCACACAGCGUCUGGUUCGAGCAAUCGGCAAGAGCCGUGCCAUGCAGUUGUGUCUCACGGGCGAGAUGAUUAAUGCUAAACAGGCCUGUGACUGGGGGUUAGUGAGCGCGGUGUACCCUCCAGACCAGCUCGUUGACGAGGCCGUCAAAUUGGGAGAGAAAAUUGCUUCCAAGUCUAAAGUAGCUCUCCAGAUAUGCAAAGAAGCUAUCAAUAAAUCGUACGAUCUGUCGUUGACUGAAGGCCUGAGAGUCGAGAAGCAACUUUUCUACUCCACCUUCGCUACCAACGACCGGAAGGAGGGAAUGACAGCGUUCGUGGAGAAGCGGGAGCCGCGGUUCACGGACAGCUAAACCUCGUCUGGUCUUGGUUAUUUAUGAAUUAGUAGUUGCCGAGUUAGGUUAUUAACAAGUUUCCACUUAAAUCUCCAUGAAAUCAAUAACAAAAUCAUCAUGAAAGCAGGGAGCUGAUUUUUUGUAAAGGUCCUCCCAGCCUCAGCUAUAGGGCCAAAGAUGCAACUGCUCGUACAGUGGCCUGCUCAUUUAAUUGGUACCAUACAAGAUGUUUGUUUAACAAAAUCCACAAUGCCGAUAAUAUACAGAUUUUACCAACACCCUUUGGGUAUCAGCAAAACCCAAAGUUUGACAUUUUUUUGAAUGAAAAGUAUGGAUUAUGUGUAGGGUAAUUCUUUGUGUAGGUACGUCUGCGAUCUUCCAUCUAUAAAAAUUGUCGGGAAUUUUGUUUAGAGUUUUAGUGGUACCUGCUCGCUCCACUUGUGAUACAGGAUCGCGAUUCUACUGAGAAUUCAUUGUUAUUUUUUGACAUUCAUAUCGCGCUGUUUUCUAUAGUUUAUCUCUGCAAACCAUAGCCUUUCAUAGUUGUUUACAUAUAUACUUGUCUUCUGUUGAUAUUUUUUCAAUUUUUUUAGACCUGGUGUUUUACACAAAUACCAAGUUAAUUAAUCAAUAUUUUCAUGACUCAUUAUUAAGAAUCUGUUUGUACGUUAAGCAAAGCUUGUUAAAUGUAGGCUGGACUGUAGCCUAGUGUAGAUUUUUUGUAGGUAGGAUGAAUUAUAUCUAAAAAAUAGAUCAUCGAUUGUGACAGUGCAAUAGUUAUUUCUGAACAAAAGAUGGAAGAUUUAUUAUUUUCUUUUGGUUCUAAAUGGAAACAAUCUGGUCAUUUGACGGGAUUUUUCUCCAUUUUCCUUGAACUUGAAUCAGCGCUAUUAGUUUAGGUAAUAUAUAUUGCUUUAAUUCUAGAUAGUUCAUCUAAUAUACACAGCUACGUCAAGCGCGCGUCACUAGUACAGGCUCUGCUAACCUGUUCGUUAAGUCGUAAAAACGUUGCUUUGUGGGUUGAUCGUUGUGCCCGUGUGUGAUGUUGGAUUAUCAUCGAGAAACAUUACUAUGCUAUUAGUUUUAAUUGGUAGUGUAUUUGAAGCACCUAUAAACCGUGGGAAUAAAAAAAUAUGCAUUAUCAGUUUGUAAUGAUAUAGUCGGUGCUAACACCAGUGAAAUGCAAUUAAAAAACAGAA